CUUACUGAAGAAAUUAUACAUAAAAAGAACGAAAAAUCGAUUACAGCAAUGCAUUCUGCGGCGGUCGAACGACGUCCUGAAAUCAUGAAAAUUUUGCUCGAGAAAGAAGGAGACCCAAGAAUAUUAACUAGCCAUAAAUAUACUCCCCUCCACUUCGCCGCGCAAUACGGCUCAGAGGAAUGCGUUAAGCUACUCCUAGCAGCAUGCAAAGAAAACGGCCAGGAAGGGGCAGAAAAACGAACAAACAAACGCCCAGGACGCCCAAGAAGGGAGAGAAAAGUACAAACAAACGCCCAGGAAAAAACAAACGCCCAGGAAGGGGCAGAAAAGUACGUGAACAUGCGCACAAAACAAGGACUAACAGCGCUGAUGUUCGCAGCCAAGGACGGAUUUCUGGAAAUUUGUAAGCUCCUGAAGUCCACCGAAGUGAACCUUCAAUGUGUAAAGGGAAAAACUGCCUUGCACUACGCAUUAACCAAAGGACUAGAACGUGUUGUCUCUUACGUAGUAGAUGGACUCCAGGCAGAUUGUUUGAUAAAAGGCAAAGAUGGUGAUCUUCCUCUACAUUUAUCACUUUGUGGCAGGAAAGAGUGUUUUUCAUACAUGCUUAAAAAAACUGAUUCGAAUGCAUUGAAUGAUGACGUUGUUGCUGACCUCGUAAAACUGGCAGCAACUAAAUCAUUAAAGAAUAUCAAAAUAAUGGCAGAUGAUGUGAAAUUUCAAGAAAGUCUAACAACAUAUUAUGAUUCUAGGAACAACAAUUUACUUCACCUCACUGUCGUGAGAGAGAGUUAUUCCUCUGCUCUUGCUCUGAUAAGGAAAACAAAAAUAAGUAAAACUUCUAAAAACAGCGAUGAUAACACACCACUUCACUUGCUGAUAAUGCAUUCAGGUAGAGCUUUGCCCGAUCAGGACGCCGAGCGACGACAGGUACAGAAAGCGUUGCUACGCAGCGCUCAAGAAGUUGUCAACUCGGCCAACAAAAACGGGGAAACUCCUUUAUACCUGGCAUCGAAGUUCGGAGCUCAUGACAUCCUCUGCUCACUUCUUCAGAAAAAACCGGUUUUGAAAUUCACAACACCUCAAGAAAGCGCAAUUCACAUUGCUGCUCAAAAAGGACACGAUGCCUGUUUGAAAAUGCUGUUACGCUCUGCAAAGUCUAAAGAUUUUAUCAAACUCCGAAAAAUGAAAGUUCAUCCCCUGCAUUUGUCCUCCAAGCACGGUCACUUAGAGUGCGCUCAGCUUCUAUUGACAAGCUCUUUUGGAGAUCAGGAUUUCAAAGAGAACUUGACCAGCAAAACUGAAAACGGCCACUAUCCAGUGGACAAAGCCUUCGCCGGCAUGCAUGGCGAGGUCUUCACAUUCCUGCUCAUCCAGAUGGCUAAGGAUGACAAGGAUGAGGACUUCUCAGUUCGACUCCACGGAUAUUUAAAAAAAAGCAUGGAAGAAAUUGACAUGGGUAACGAGCAACAGAAGGCCAAGCUAUUGGCUUUCAGGUCCGCAGUUCUGGAAGCAGUGAUUGAGAGCAACUGGUGCAACGUGGCAUUCAACACACAAUUCUGUGGCAACAUCCGGCAGCCUCUCACCGCCAAUGAAGAAGAAGUUCAUAAUAAAAUAAAACCUUGUGACUCUUUUGCACGGCUCAUCAGCAACCGCCCUGACUUGGCUUGCCGAGCCCUGGAUAAGCACAUCACACUUCUUCCUGGCGGCAACCGAGAACUGCACGACUACACCCCUUUCGAGUUCAUCUACUAUAGAAUAGAAAUUCAUACCUCACUACUCUCGCGCACCCUCGGCCACGUCACUACGCUGCCAGACGCUGCCGCUGAAAUUUACCCUCAGCUCGCCCAGCGUGCCGAGUGUAGAGUUGGAGCGUCCGUGAACGGCCCUCUUAAGAGUCAGGUGGAGCGGUCGCUGAACGUCGCAUCGAGCCCAAACGGCCUCACGCGAUUAAAAUUUCUCGGCCAGGCUCUGCCUUCUAACUUCUCUGAAGGGGUGUUGGGCAUCUCCCCUUGCGGCUUGACCCCACAUUGCCCCCCGCCCCCUGGUGGAUCCUUUGCCGCUCCAGGGGCCAACAGCUGCCGGCCCCGGGCGAGUCCCCCUUGCGCCACAGGAGGCGAACCACCGAGCAAGGAGGGUGUGCUGGAAAGGAGGGUGUGCUGCUUCAAGGAGGGUGUGCUGUCAGGCAUCAUCUGCAUCCACGUGGAUGAUUUUUGCUGGGCCGGAGAGGACUUCUUCAGAGAUACAGUCAUCAAUUCAUUGAAGGACAAGUUCCUCAUCGGGACAACGAGCCGUCGCUCCAUCGGGCCGUGGCUGUCCAGUGACCUGGCAGUCCAAGCGACUUCGAAGGGUGGUGUAGUCUACUUUAGCUGCUGA